AUGUCGACCUCGAGUCGCCGACGGAAUCGCUCUUUAGCUUCAUGCGAACCAUGCCGGAAAUCGAAGAUCCGUUGUGAUCACCAACAGCCUGUCUGUGCGUCUUGUCGACGGCGGGGCCGAGAGUCACUAUGCUCCUACCAUCCGGCGCCACUCACCAAACAUGGCAGUACCCAGGCUCGAGCCGCAUCAAUUCCAUACAAUUCUGACCGCGUUGACGAGAACUUCACUCUAGAUUCCCUCGGGUUCGUUGGCGUUUCCAAGCCCAAUUCUUCCAUAAGAGCUCCAAGCUUCCAGUCAUGGCCUUUUAUACCUGACCGGAAAGGCUCGCCAAGUCGGGACUCAGUCUCGAAAUCCCACAACGAAAAGGCUCGCAGUGAACAGCUAGCUUCAUUGACAGAGAUAAUAUGUGCCCUCAGGUUUCUUCCGACUAUCAAGAAGCUGGUACAUGAUUACUUUGUCUACAUCGGUACCGCACUCGUUCCAAAGGCUAUCGUUCACCAACUUUUGGAGAUUGUUUGUAACGAUCUGACCAAAUCCGGAUAUAUCAAACAAGAAUCAGAGUCAUGCACUAGCGUUCAUGAUGUUUCUCGGCUAGCCGAGAACAUACUUUACUCGACUUCGUCAGAAGCAACCAUCUCAGCAACCAUGGAUGUCAAGAACUUUUGCGCCAUAUUCUGCGAAGAAAAUCUACGCGUCGAAACAUUAGGCCUGUUAUACACGCUUGCAGCACGAGCAUCUCUAUAUAAGUUCAAUCACGCCAAGGUUCGAGGCGACGCAUUUAUACGAGAGAUGUGUUGGUGUAGUAAUUCGAGCCUACGCCUUGCUCGUGAACUUGCACCACAGACGACGGAUCCCAUUAUAUGGCUGGCCCAUGAAAACUUGCAACUAAUGUCAUUACUCGAGGGAGAUGCUAGCUUAAAUGUGUGGCGUCGAGUCGGCGAUCUUGCCACCGAUCUAUUUGCAUUAGGUCUGAAUCGAGAGGCAACAUACUCCUCGGAAAGCAUACCAUUUUUUCUUGCCGAAAGUCGACGAAAGACCUUUGUCAGGGCAUAUUAUCUAGAUAAGAUAUUCGCAACGGUCUUCAACCGCCCUCCGAGGAUUUCAUCUAGACAUGCAGACUGCAAAUUACCUCUUGAUAUACCGGACGACGCACUUUUCGCCAUAUCUCCAGAGACCUUGAGCGAAAUAAAAAAUAACCCGACACACGACGGUUGGAAUACAAGUGGAAUCUGCACUCCUGCAACAUGGGCCCGGCUCCGCUACAUAUUAGGGGAAUUUCGAGAAGAAACCGCCGAGUAUCAGAUCCGAUCAACGUCAUCCAUAGAUGCCACCAAGCUCAGGGAACUGUCCGACCGAUGCCGUCAAACUUGGUGCAAUCUUCCAGCACAUUUAAUGUACGAUCCAAAUUGCUGGAUCUCCGAUUUAUCCCCUGCAGUCUGCUACCUGCACGCGAAAGUAUACUUGUCAUAUCUUCAUAUUCAUUUCCAGAUAUAUCGAAUGCUUGACGAGUGCCAUACAUCCACAGUUCCAGAGUUACUAGAAGUAUCCGCAGACAUGCUGGAGACCGUCGUGUUGAUGGCGAACUCGUUGAAUCGCACCAUCUGCUCGCCACGAGACCUGCCUGGACUUUUCCUUAUAUACGGAUUACCAUCUGCAAUCGUCUUGACCACGGCAUUGGAAACCAACAUCCGAGAUCCUGCACAACCGCUUCCACCCAACAUUAAAUCUUCAACCGUGAUCCGAAAUAUCUCCGUGCUGGUGUCCCAACUUGAGAAUGUAUCUGGUCCUGAUGAAACGAAUCAUGGCUUCUGUGUGCAAGCCUCACAGGCCAUUGCUCGCAAGCUGGAUACAAUACUAAACACCUCAACAACGCUUGCCCCAAGAGCGGAUGCCGUCACUGACUCCGGAAUGGAGGUCGAACAAGCCACGCACCAAGAGAGAGACUACUCUAAUUCGGACCAUUAUAUGUUCAACUUUUCCGAGCUCGAUCAACUCGAUUUUUCAGCUUGGGUUAUCGACUUCGAUUUGGUGACUGAUGAUGGCGUCUGGGAUACUGUUUGA